AUGGCGAAUUCCAAAGUUUUUAGCCUGAAGGACAAGGGCCUGAAACUCACCACCGCCGAGGACAUCGAGCCGCACAUUCAGGCACUGAAGGAGAAUUCUGAUGUUGAGGAGGUCGUUUUCGUUGGCAACACACUCGGCAUAGGUGCCUCGGAGGCCUUGGCCAAGGUCCUGGAGACCAAGAAAAACCUCAAGAUCGCCAACUUCGCCGACAUCUUCACCUCGCGCCUGCUCUCCGAGAUCCCCGAGGCACUCGACCACAUCCUCAAGGCGCUACUCACUCUCCCGAAGCUUGAGACCGUCGACCUCUCGGACAACGCCUUCGGCCUCAACACCCAGGCUCCUCUCGUCUCUUUCCUCGCCGCGCACACACCGCUCCGCCACCUUUACCUCAACAACAACGGCCUGGGCCCCGCCGCCGGCACCCUCAUCGCCGAUGCCCUCUCGACCCUCGCCGACAAGAAGGCGGCCGCCCGCAGCGCCGGCGCCGACGUGCCCAGCCUCGAGACGGUCAUCUGCGGCCGCAACCGGCUGGAGAACGGGUCGAUGGAGGCAUGGGCGCGCGCCUACUCGAAGCACACGGGGCUGCGCGAAAUCAAGAUGGUCCAGAACGGCAUCCGGCAGGAGGGCAUCACGCACCUGCUGCGCCACGGGCUCGCGCACCAGAGCCAGAUCCGCAUCCUCGACCUGCAGGACAACACCUUCACCAAGAAGGGCGGCGCGCGCGCGCUCGCCGCCAUCGUCGCGGGCUUCCCCCACCUGCGCGAGCUCGGCGUCAGCGACUGCUUCCUCCAGGCCAAGGGCAGCCUGCUGCUCGCCGCCGCGCUGGCCAAGGGCAACAACCCCCAGCUGGAGAUUGUCCGCAUCCAGUACAACGACAUGAAUGCGGCGGGCCUGAAGGGCUUCGCCGACGCGGCGGAGAAUGCCUUGCCGAAGCUGCGUAGGCUCGAGGUCAAUGGCAACAGGUUCGGCGAGGAUGACGAGAGCGUCGAGCGCCUGCAGGAGAUGUUCGCGGCGCGCCAGGAAGAAGCCGAUUCCGAAUUCGUCGAGGCUUUGAAGGAGGGCUACGAGUUUGGUCUUGACGAGCUGGAUGAGCUGGAUGAUGAGAGUGAGGACGAGGAGGAGGAGGAAGAAGAGGAGGAGGAGGAGGUGAAGGAGAAUGUGCUCAAGAAGGCGGACGAGGCGGAGGCGCAGAAUGUUAGCGAAAAGCAGGAUAAGAGCGUCGAUGAGUUGGCCAACAUGCUGGGGAAGACUGGGUUGUAA